AUGGCGUUGUUUUGUUGGGUGUCGGGCGCACCAUCAUAUUUGUCAGGGGGAAUGGGCUUUAGAAGGGACUUCUUGCUAUCAUCAGAUAUAUCAGAGUCCGAAGAGCUCUCAGUAUCGGAGUCCGAGCUAUCGGGAUCAGACGGGGAAAUGUCUGAUUCACUGAGAGGAUCCAUACUCGAGUCUGUAGUUUCAGAACUAUAA